AUGGUGCAGCCUCCGUCGCUGGCUGCUCUCCACGAGCUCAAGACAUCGCCGCAACCAUCGACCAACCAGCAAUUGCGGCUGUUGCGCACCAUCAAGAACGACAUUGUCGGCCACGGCCAACGCAAAAAGCUUGUCGUCCGUUACGGCCUGCUUGACUGCCUGGCCCACACGCUGGCUACUUCCCCGGAUGCCGACAUUCAGCUGCAGACAAGUUUAAUCGUCGCCAGCCUCGCUGAAGAGGGCGCUGCUUUUGUCGCUCCAAUCCUCAGUAGCAACCUCGUACAGCCGCUGCUCUUAUUCCUCUCUUCAGUUACUCCGUCUCCUGUCAACCUGGUCACAGCCUCUCUUCGCGCCGUCAAUGCCCUCGCCGCCUCUUGGGUUCUCUCUCCCAACCCCGACCCGGUCUUUGUCAAACAUGUCUUCAACAAGCACACACUUGCUUCCUUGCUCAACAUCCUCCGUCAUCCUCUGCCGACCUCAAUCCAGCAACAGCACAUUGCUUUGACUUCGACUCUGCUGGCAACGUGUUGUGGUCAUGCUCAUCAUCUCGCCCCAACUCUGGUCCAGCAUGGCAUCCUGGAUGCCCUCGCUUCUAACCUCGCUAGCUUUGCUCUCGCUCACCACAGAAGUGCUCACUCCAUCUGCAACAAGCUCGAUGCCACUGCACUUAUCAAUGCCGUCUCAAGUAUCGUGCGCGACUCAACCUACCGAGCCCACCGUCUUAUCUUCUCCGACGAUCUGAGGCGCAUUUUCUCCCAGUCCUCAAAUGCCACUCCUUCGGACCCUUUGCACACUCCCGAUUUUAGCCACCAUCAAUACCGCAAGUCCGCUCAUGUUGUUCCCGUCGAUGCCCUACUCCCAAAAGUCAUGGUUCCUCUCCAGAAAUCCCUUGCUUUCGGCCACCAUGCUUUGAUCAACUCCAGACUCUUUUCGGACCACUCUGCCACCAACGUGUCCGUGAACUCACCUAUCUGCGUCUGGCUCAUGUAUCUUGCUCGCUCCCAACAAGACCCCAGCUGUCGUCUGGCCGCUCUCCGCCUUUUAGCCAUUCUAAAUGAUGCUCUCGAUGCAGACAUCGCCGCUCCCCGUUCCGACACCCUCACCAGAUCAAGAGAAAGAGAAAGACAGAUGGCUUUGUUUGCAAUUCCCAUUGCUGUCAAGCUUGUUCAAGAUUCAUUAGAUACCUCGUUUGGGCAGGACCUGUCAGUCGUCAAAGAAGACGCUUGCGCGGUUUUAGCUCAUCUCAUUGAGAAUAGCACUGAGCUUCAGCAAGCUGCUCUGGACGCGGGCGCAGUCAAACAUGUGUCUCAGUUAUUCAGGAAAUCAUUUGAUCCCAUCACUCUUGCACGGCCAAUGUGGUCGGCGGAUUCUCACGCUGCAGAUUCGCAACUACCCCCUAGCUUAUCCGCUACACUGGGACCUGAUGGUCUUGCUCCUGAAGUCAUGCAUGUCAUGAAGUGUAGAGCAGGCGCGUUAGACGCUCUCGCCGCCAUCGCCGAGAAAGAAGACGUCAAUCGCAAAGCAGUCAUCGACAGUGGUAUCAUCUCGAGUCUCAUCGACUCGCUUGCGCCCAUCAGCGCCUUUGACUCAUCGACGACUCCUAGCAAGAACGGCAACACGGUACCGGUUCUGCUUGCAGCCUGCCAUGCUGCUACAGCACUAUCAAGGUCUGUCAGCCUACUACGCACAGCGCUUAUAGAUGCUGGCAUAACCAAACCUAUAUAUGCUCUCUUGGCUUUUCCCGACAUUGAGGUUCAGAUUGCUGCUACUAAUGUCAUUUGCAACCUCGUUCUUGAAUUUAGCCCCAUGCGCCAGGAUCUUGUCGUCGCUGGAGUUGUCACAGCACUAUGUGAGCAAGCAAAGCGAUCUAAUUUCAAGCUGCGCCAAGCCUCCCUCUGGGCUCUCAAACACCUUGUCCUCAACUCUCCGAAGGAUAUGAAAGUCGAAUGUCUUGAGCAGCUAGGAACUGGUUGGCUCAUUCAGGCAGUCAAUGGAACACCUCUACCGGGCCACUCGAUGACUCUUGGCAGUAGCAAUGCUGCAGGUGAACAAGUAGAUCUGCUGAACGCGUCUGAUAUGAUGGACGGGGAAGUGUUGAUGGAUCAUAAUGGCACACGCUAUCAAUCCAGUGGGCUCAGAACAACGCUGGAUACCACCAACCACAAAGCACAUUUGCGCUUGCUUCGUAAGAACGAACACGAUCCGACAAUCCAAGCGAAACACGACGACAUGCUGGUUCAAGAACAAGCGCUAGAUUUUAUCAGGAACUUGAUCAAUGGCGAUGACAAUGUUGCCAUGAUCGAGCAUCUCAACAGUGUCCUGGGUGCAGAUCGGCUCUUCGAGAUGCUUCACAACAAACUCCGACCUGUCGUAUACAGGCCUAAUUCGCCACUUGACGCUCAGAGAGACACUCCACCGGAGUUGAUAAACGCUGCUCUGGGUGUCAUCAUCCACGUAGCUGGAGGAUCGUCCAAACAUCGCCAACAGCUGAUAGCACAGACUCCACUGUUGACUGCCUGGCUACCACACUUCUCUCACACUGACCGUCGCAUCCGCGUGGCGUCUGUCUGGGCCAUCAUUAACCUGACCUGGGUGGAUAGUGCCGCUGAUAGAGAGGACGCUAAAGCUAGAGCUCGUACUCUGGCAUCAUUCGGUAUAGAUGAAAAAGUUCGUGCUUUGGCAGAAGAUGUUGACGCCGACACACGAGAAAGGGUCAAGACGGCUGUACGCCAGAUCGAUGAACUUUUAGAAGGCGGUCGAUACCGAUGA